AUGGCUCGCGGUGCACCUCGAUCCAGGGCCCGGGCCCACGCCCACGAGUUCGUCGUCGUUGAAGACGACACAGCCACCACGGAUAUUUCCAAGCAACAUGCUUCAACAGACGCAAACAUUGCUCUCCUUGACAGACAUGACACUAAUACUGAGAGAAGCCCCCACGACUUCAUUGACCACUUGACCGACAAACUUAAGGAGCUGCAUAUUUAUAGCCCUAAAAAGAAUCGCGGCGACAGAUCAUUACUUCCCAUUUCCCACAGCCGUCCAACUCGAUUGUCUGUUCACAGUGUCGACACCGAGAUCUUCCCACUCCUCGAGGUUGUCAAGGAAGAAGCCGAAGACUGCGACAAUUGCCCAGCUGAGACCAUUUACGCGCAAGGACCAAUCCCUGCACAGCCGCCUCGAGUGAUCGAGGGUGUCCCCUCGUUGGCUGAAACAAACGCAUUAACGGCGUCUGCUAGCCAGGCACAGGACUCAUUUGAAGCCAGCGUCCCCUCUGAAGUCUUUUCUGUCCUUAACAUUCCUGAUCACCAACGGCCGCUGAGUAUUGAUUUACAUACUCAGUCGAGUAUCGCACGACACAAGGCAGCCACUCCUUUAGGGCGUGAGGAAAUCGUGUCACAGCCCGCACAUCGACACUCAGAGGUGGAAGAAGCCAUGGCCAUUGCCGAGCCCGUCAUUCGACUUCUUUCUUCGACGCCUGUGGGGAACGACACCGCAUUGAACAAGACAUCGCAGUCAGGUAUCACGGUCACCAUUGUUGAACAGACCCGGCCGAACCAGAUGGAUCCUUCAGCCAAGGCAACUGAAAACAGGAAGGAGUCCUCAAUUGAUGUACUUGAGCAUUCAAAGGACAGAGUCAUUUCCGUAUCUACAGACGACAGCAGUUUUCAGGCUCCGCGUACGCCCUCACGAUCGACUUCUGCAAGUUCGCAGUCGCGCAUAGAGGACUCCUUAGAAGCCAUUGAUAGACUCGAAGAGCAAUUGGAGCUUGUCGAUGCUGCCAUCACACCACCUAGCAAAACCCGGCGACACCAAGCAGCAAACGAUGGGUCGCUUGCGUUGAACAAUUCCGCCAUCCGGUGCAACGGCUCCUUACUGAAUCAUGGCCCAAGCAGUGCCGGGCCAAAACCUGUGACCUCUAAACCCCGCCCAAAUCAGAGAAAGUCUGUCUCAAUCGUUGACGACAAGAGAGCUACGGGGUCUCCGGCCAAAGCAACUCCGACCCGAUCUUCUGUUUCUCGGCCAACGAGCUUGCUGCCACCAAUCAAAUCCACCAAGCCCCCAACAAAGCCAUCGUUUGAGCUGCCGGGAGAGGCCGUCGCUAGGCGUCUAAAGGAGCAGCGCGAAGCCCGUCAAGCGCAGCAAGCACAGGACAAGGCUGCAGCCGCAGCGGCAGCAGCGCCUCAAAGAAGGAGAUCAACUAAAGCACUGACUCGACCCACGUUUGAGCUUCCGGGAGAGGCAAUCUCCAAGCGCAAGAGGGAGGAUCGUGAAGCCAGGCUCAGACAACAGGAGGAGGACGAGCGCAAGCGUCGCGAGUUCAAGGCGCGUCCUAUCAGGGCGAAACUGAAUUCAGCUUCGUACCCCCGCGAGACUGCUACUAGUCGUGCUCGCCAGGGCAAAGCCUCUGAGUCGAGCGAGGCAGCCCAGGUUGAGCAAAGCCCUUCCAAGCGCUCAUCGAUUAUUAUGACUCCGCGAACGCCAGUUACAAGGACCACAUCAAACAGAUCCCCACAGGCUCGAGGCAGAGGCCUGUCCCAAGCUACCGUCACUUCCCAAAUCAGCCGUGGUACUUCUACUUCUACUACCAGCAUGGGCAAGCGUAGCACGCUAUCUGCUGAGGACUUGGAGCAGCAAAAGAUGAAGGGCAGGGAGGUUUUUGAGCGGGACAACGGUUACCUUGAGGAUAAGGAGCGGGAACGUCGUGAACGUGAACUCAAUGCCAAGCUUGCUCGCGAGCAGGCCGCCGAGCGCUCCAGACAAGCGAGCAGAGAGUGGGCUGAGAAGCAGCGACGCAAGCAGCUGGCAGCAGCUAAUGCGGCGGCCCGUCAAGCGGUUUAG